UUCUUAAAUCUACAAUUCUGGAAAAGAGGGGACGUCUUCUUGUAUUCCUACACAGAGUUGAGUGAACUUGUGCCUCAGUGAGAAGAAGAUGAGUGUCACUGUUGUGCUGCUUUUUCUGGUCUACACCCUUCAAACAGCUGGAUCCCCUGUGUAUAAACCAACUGGAGGAUCUGUUACUCUGGAGUUCCAGCAGCACCAGCCCCUGAAGAUGGGGAGUAUAGAUUUCAUAAGGUGGCACUUUGGCCAAAAUAAUAUAAUGAAAUAUGUACCUCGCAAAGACACUGUUGUAGUCACCUAUAAAGGUGGUUAUCGUCAUCGAGUGGAGUUUAAUAAUGAGACCUUCUCUCUGGAACUGAAGAACCUGCAGAAGAAUGACAGUGGACUCUACAGUGGAGAGCUCAGUGCUGGAGAGACAGACAUUAAGGUUGAGCAUGAACUCUCAGUUCUGGAUCCAGUGGAGGCACCUGUCCUGUCUGUUGUCUAUAACCAAUCUUGUGGUGAUUUCUUUAAUGUGACAGUGACUUGUAGAGGUCAUGACCUCUCUCUGACCUCCACCUGUAACAACAUCAACUGCACUCCAGAGCGAGAAACCUCCACUGACUCCAACCUCACCCUCUCUUUUAAAGAUAAUAGCAUCACCUGCAAUCAUAGGAACCCUGUUAGCUCUAAAACUGCUAAAAUGGAGUUCACACAGUGUCCAGACAAGAAAUCUCCCUCACAACAAAAUGGAGCUUUGCACUUGAGCAUAUCUGUAUGCCUAUCCGUCUAUGUCCCGGUGGUGUCUGUUAUGCUGUUGGUAAAUGUAUAAUGAAAAGAAAACCGAUGAAAACAGCAGGGUUGAUUGCUGCCGUGGGCCUUUCACAGCCUUCCUAAAAAACGCCAUCAAACAUCUGCAGGUGAUAUAAAAUGCAGAGUGGUUCUAACAGAAACUAAUAGAACUGACCACAAGAACUGUCUUCCAACUUCCAAAAUGACAUCAAAAUGCCCCAACUGUUCCCAGUUUCAAAUCAAGACAAGACCAAACUGUUAGAUGCUUUCUGCCAAAAGCUCAGCACUUCCUUCAUUUUUAAGCUAAUGAACAAUUAUGCUUCCAUUUACUAUUAUUUUCUGUACUUUGCCUUCAUUUAUGUAGAGCACAUUGAAUUGCCCCUGUGUGUGAAAUGUCCUAUAUCAAUAAACAUGCCUUGC